AUGACCAUAGAUACCACAUCAACAGUUGUAGCUAAUGAUAACGUACUAGGCUUGCAAAAGACGCCGUGUGAUGACACUUUAUCAACCUCACCAACGACAGAAGCUGCCAAUAUGUCUGCAUCCAAUACUGCUUCAUCAUCAAGGAGAAACUCCACCAUGAAACGAAGGAAGAGAGAUAGUAGUAGCUCACAACAUUUCAACCGAGUAUCGCAUCAUUACAACAAGUGUUUUCAGAAUUACUAUCAUUCAAGUAAUUUUUUAAAGCCAAAUCCCAUCUACAUUCCCAACAUCAACACAUCGGUGAAUCACUGGCAACUUCGUAAUCUAACCAAGUACAACAGGCAUGAUGAUGUUUUGUACUAUACAAAGGAAGAUUCAGUACACUUGUAUGAUUUAUCACAAGCAUUUACGAAAAAAGUUUUGAAAUUAAACUAUUUCCCUCGUUGUUUUGACAACCACGAGGGUUUAAUAGCCACUGGUGGGUUAUUAACCAGUUCUUCCAAAUUGUUUUCGUUAGAUUUGGAUAAUUUAACCUCAAAAGACUUUAGUGCUUCCUCAAGAGCAGUUGCAAAGGGGUUAUUUUCGUUUUAUAAUCCUGAAUUAUCUAUCUUGCACACGGUGAAACUAGGUGAAAUGAUUAAUAAUGAUGUAUCAUUAAACAAAGUUGGGAAUCAACAAUAUCAAGCACUUUUAUGUAAUAAUGAUGCUAAUUUGUAUUGUGUUGAUAUUAACAAUAACUCCAGUUUGAAUAUGACAAACAAGAUUAAUUGUGAAAACUAUACUUGUCUUAAUUCAAGUGUCAAGAAUCCAAGAAAUAACUUGAUUACAGCUGUUGGUGACUCAUCACUGAUUUUCAUUAUUGAUCCAAAUUCAGGCUCACCAAUUGUGAAAACUAUUGAUUCUCAAUACGACGGUGGGUUUGGUAUUUCGUAUCAUCCUAAUGGGUACUUGUUUUCCGCUGUUUUCCAAGAUGGUGUGUGUCAGUUGUAUGAUUUGAGAAAUUUGAAUGCUCCAUUGAAGCAAUUCAACUCAACACGUAAAAAACAUCAACUGGGAGCUUUUAGAGUUUGCAAAAUUUCCCAACAAAAUGAUUUUAAUGAUUUAUUAAUUAUCGCAGAACAUGUUGGUCGAGUUCAUUUAAUUGAUUUAAAAACAUUUGAUCGACAAGUUAUUGUUGUUCCUGCUGCGUUGGAUCAAUUUGCCAACUACAAAGAAUCAUUAAUGAAAAAAGAUGAAGAUAAAAUGAGGCACACGGAGGAUGAAUUUGAUGAUGAGGAGCUUGAAGCUAAAUCACCAUUGAAUAUUUAUUCAGAAAACUUGUCCUUUACAGCACCAUUGGUGUAUGAUUAUGAUUACUUGACCAAUGUCAACUCCAGAUUAUUCAAUGAUGUUAGUUAUGUGCCACCCAUGAACCCACCUGAUUUGCAUGGUGAAGCGUUGAAAUUGAAUACUCCUGACUGGUCAAGAAGUAACAGUCUUGUGUUGAAUGAGACAUCACCACAACAAGAUUGUCCAACAUCAACGGCUUCUCCACGCACUAGUAUUCAUCAUCCAAAUCAAAAUUACCGUCGAUUCUCAUCUAAUCCCCCGCCACCAAUUUCAUCAUCAACAUCACGUCCUUCUGUGUCUUAUGACGUUGACAUCGAUUCACAAUUGAAUGAGAUCUAUCUCAACUACAACCACACUAACUCAAGAAGAAAUACAACUACGGCAACUUUAGCUAAUGCUUCAACAGCGUCAUCACCUUCAAUAUCAUCAGCAACACCCCUCUCUACAAGUUCCUCCUAUAUGUAUCUGACCUACUGCGACGAUCUGUAUCAACAACAUACUAAUCAUCAACAUGGAGAAAUGGAAUUACUGGGUAUUGAAUUUGUUAAUGAUUCCAUUACAGGUGAUUUGAAGGUUGUUGUUGGAUGUCAAGAUGCUGGUGUUUUGAUGUGGGAUGUUAAUGCUGUUACGAGACGUAGUAUUGGAAGUUUUGAAUUUGUUUAG